ACUGGAUGGUUGGAUGCACAGAUAGAGGAUAGCACGAUAGCAGCGGGUAGAGCUGCCUGAUUGUUGGAAGGCAAUGUUGCCAAUCUACAAGAAUUUGCUACCCCAGCGCCAUUUAUGCCUCUGGUGUGAUAAACGCGAACGAACCGUUGACACAAACACAGCGCAAUGCAAGCCGAGUGUAAUAAAUGUAAACUCGCUAAUCGGCGCUCUAGCGAAAAACGAUUCUCUCGAUUCGGCACUGAGGUUUAAUUCGUUUAAUUAAUCCCUAGCCGAUUGUUCACAUGUGCGCGGUGAGGUGAAACAGGCGCAAGAAAUGGAACAGAAGCCGAGCCUCGAGAUGGUCUAUAUGGCCAUCUCGACGCUGUACAGCAACCCGGUCGCCAGCGAAAAGGAGCGGGCGUCGCAGUGGUUAGGAGACUUUCAAAAAUCCGUCCAUGCGUGGACAAUAGCGGACGAAAUUCUGCAUCACAAGCGCGAUUUGGAGUCAUGUUACUUUGCGGCGCAAACAAUGCGCUCAAAAAUUCAUCAGUCUUUUCACGAGUUACCAUUGGAGGCACACGCCAGUUUGAGGGAUAGUUUGCUGGAGCACAUCAGUCAGAUCACUGAGGGGACAAACUCAGUGAUUGUGACACAAUUGUGUCUGGCUUUGAGUGAUUUGAUACUGCAAAUGCCAACUUGGCAGCGAGCACCUUUGGAUUUGGUUUCUAGUUUGUCACAGUCACAUUUGUGGCCUUUACUGGAAGUCUUGAUAGUUUUACCUGAAGAAUUGGAGAGUAGAUCAGUUAGGUUAGGUGAAAAUCGAAGACAAGAUGUAAUAGAAGAACUGAAACAAUGCGCGCCGACGGUCAACGAAUUCCUCAAACACUGCUGUAACCAAUACAACAGCAGUUUGCAUGAUAACAUUCAGAUCAACGUGAAAAUCCAGCGCUGUUUCACCUCGUGGGUCUCACUCGGCGCGAUAACACUUGACGAUGUCGUGGAUAAUGUUGUGAUUAACCGUAGUCUUCAAAUUUUAAGUUACAAGCAAGAAACUGAGGCGAUUCCGCCCAUAGCGGGCGUUUUACAUGACGCAGCCACCGAUUGCAUAUGUACUCUGCUGCAAUCUCUCGAGGAUAACAACAAUCAACAGAAUCUGGAGAGUUUUCUCUUUUCUAAUGUCAUGACACUCGAAGUUCCCUACCAUCUAAGCGUGGCGAAUGAAGACCAAGAGAAGUCGAUGAAUUAUUGUCGUAUUUUUACGGAACUUGGCGAAACUUUCCUGGAGAAGAUUCUCAUGCAGACCAACGAGGCCUACAAGCACUACGCGAUUAAAGUUUUAGACAUGGUGCUCAUUUGUGUCGGGCAUCAUGAUUUCGAAGUCGCUGAAAUCACGUUCAAUUUGUGGUAUUUGUUAAGCGAAGAACUCUACCAGAAGAAUAACAAAACAUUAACGGAGUUGUUUAGAUCUUAUGUCGAGCGGUUGGUUACAGCAUUAUGUCGACAUUGUCAAAUGGAACCAGAUCAGGAAGGUUUGCUGGAAGACGGCGAUGAUUUUAAAGACUUUCGAUUGAAAGUCUCCGAUCUUGUCAAAGAUGUUGUUUUUAUCAUUGGCAGCAGUAGUUGUUUUCGACAUAUGUUUAUGACACUUCAAAGGCCCGAGGUUACUUGGGAUGUAUCCGAAUCAGCAUUGUUUAUUAUGCAAGCGGUUGCUAAGAAUGUGCUACCAACUGAAAAUGAAGUUGUGCCCAAAGUUGUCGAAGCCAUUUUGGUAACGCCUGAAAACACGCAUAUUGCUGUACGAUACACAUCGGUGAUGUUAUUGGGCGAAUUAUGCGAAUGGAUUGAGAAACAUCCGGAGAUGUUGGAUCCUGUAUUGAAUUUCGUGGUUUGUUGUUUGCCGCAAGCUGGGGUUGGUGGUGCGGCAGCCACGGCGUUACAGAGUAUUUGCGCAAAGUGUAAUGAGCACAUGCCGCGACAUGUUCCUGUGCUUUUGCAACUGCUACGGCAGGUGGACACGUUUGCAAUCACGAAUAAUGCUGUCAUGGGACUUUUAAAGGGAGUUGCUCAUAUUUUAAGUAAAAUGGACAGUGAAAACAUUGUAAACUCUUUGAGAGAGUUGUGUUUGAUGCAAAUCAAUCCACUGAUGAGUUUAGCUGAGCAACAGAAUGUUCCUGCCGUGAGGGGAACAAAAACCGAUCCAGUUUUAUGGCUCGAUAGGUUAUCAUCGAUUUUUCGAAGUUUGGUUGUUCCCGCUCAAGAAAACACGAUAAAUCCGUGUAAACCAGUAGUGCUCGAAGUAUGGCCGGUAUUAUCCAUGGUAAUGGACAAAUACCAAAGCGACGUGCGAAUCAUGGAACGCGCCUGUCGUGCGGUGCGUUUCAUGCUGCGCUGCGUCAGUCAACAAGUGAAAGAAAUGCUUGAAUCGCUAGUGUUGCAAAUCGUGACAAUUUACACAUCGCAUCCGCACUCGUGCUUUUUAUACUUGGGCAGUAUUCUCGUCGACGAAUACGGCACAGAUCCAACUUGUAUCUCUGGUCUGCUUGAGAUGCUUCAAGCUCUGAUUAAUCCAACAUUUCAAUUGCUACAAGCCGAAAAUGGUUUGCGACAUCAUCCGGAUACAGUCGAUGAUUUCUUCCGACUUUGCGCGAGAUACAUCCAACGUGCACCGAUUCCUUUCCUGCGCAGUCCGGGCAUUCCACCGAUUUUAGAAUGCGGAUUGUUGGCGUGUUCGCUCGACCACAAAGAAGCGAACACAUCAGUAAUGAAAUUCUUUAGUGAUUUGAUUAAUACAGGCCGAAACAAUCGAAGCAGUUCGGAUUAUACGGAGCGAAAAGAAUUGGUCGGCAGUAUUUUACAGAGAUACGGCGCGCAAUUGGUGCACAAUUUGAUUCACGCAUGCGUGUUCUACCUGCACUCGUACAUGUUCAGCGAGGUGGGCGAUGUGAUCGUGGAGAUGCUCAAUGGCGACCGGGAUGCCGUCUCUGGAUGGCUUGCGGAGGCUGUUAAAAGUCUGCCGAAGCAGGUCAGUAAUGGGGUUAUCAAUGUAACGGAGCAACAGAUGAAUGGAUUUCAUGCCACUGUUUACAAAUCGACCUCUUCCAAAUCGGUGACAUACGCCCUCAAAGAUUUAGCGGCACUUUACCGCUAGAAGAGAAAAAAAUUAGGACAAACGAAUGAUGACGACCGCUGGACGCGGAGGCAAAUCGACAGGACAAUGUAAAUAUUACAAUUUUAUAUAUUACUUUUUUUCUAUUGUGGUCAAACGCAGGAUGAUCAUCAUCGAUCGCAUUUGUUGCCAUUGACGUAUAUGUGUUUUGCGCAGACAACGCACCCACACAUUGUUAGAAAAAAGUUAAGAAAAUAACUUGUUUAAUAAACAUAAAGAGAUGUGACGAUAA